AACAUUGUUUCCUUCCCUAUAUAAUAACUCAUCUUCUUCUCCCUCUCCCUCUCCCUCUGUAACAUGAUCAGUCAUGGAAUGCAACUCAUCCUAUCAGUACUCAGGCAAUGAUCUCUAUGACCAAUCAGAGUUUCCCUACCUUUCUUCUGAGCCAAGUCUCCAGUCAGUUCCUUCUCUCACCUCACAAUCCCACAGGCAACACAGCUUUCCAUCAAACAAUUACCACCACUGCCUCACCACCUUGCAGGGCCACAACUCCUACAUAUCCUCUCUAACCCUAGCCGGAAACUUCAUCUACACCGGCUCGUCUGACAGAGAAAUCCGGUCGUGGAGGUGCAACCCUUUACUGGAAUUCAACAACGAAAGCCCUACUCAGCAUGAUCGCAACAUGGUGGCUGCAGGAAAGGGUGCAGUGAAGUCCCUAGCCAUUUCAGGUGACAAGCUCUUCAGUGCUCAUCAGGAUCACAAAAUCCGAGUGUGGAAAAUCGACAGCCAGGAGCCUGAUUUUCAAAAGUGCUCGCGGCUAGCUACGCUGCCAACGCUUGGUGACCGCGCCUCGAAGCUCCUGAUGCCGAAGAACCAUGUCCAAAUAAGAAGGCACAAGAAGUGCACAUGGGUGCAUCAUGUGGACGCAGUGUCUGCACUGGCCUUGUCGAGCGAUGAGCUGCUGCUCUACUCCGUUUCGUGGGACCGUACACUCAAGGUUUGGAGCACAACAGACUUCAAAUGCUUGGAGUCUGUGACAAAUGCACAUGAUGAUGCUAUAAAUGCAGUAACAUCAUCAAAUGAUGGACAUGUUUACACUGGAUCAGCAGACAAAAAAAUUAAGGUUUGGAAAAAGGACUUUGGAGAGAAAAAGCACUUUUUAGUUGCUACACUUGAAAAGCACAAUUCUGGGGUGAAUGCACUAGCUAUGAGCAGUGAUGGGUGUGUGUUGUAUUCUGGUGCAUGCGACAGGUCCAUUGUGGUUUGGGAGAAGAAAGGCGGGUGGGAUAUGGAAGUUCUGGGUGCGCUUAGAGGUCAUACCAGGUCAAUAUUGUGCUUGGCUGUGGUGGCAGACUUGGUGUGUAGUGGCUCUGCAGAUAAAAGUAUAAGAAUUUGGAGAGGGGUUAAUAGAAGUUACUCAUGUUUAGCAGUUUUGGAAGGGCAUAAAGGUCCAGUGAAGUGUUUAACUGCUACAAUUGAUGACCAUUGCAGCUCAUCUGACUCCUCCUGUGUUAUUUACAGUGGUUUGGACUGUGACAUCAAAGUCUGGCAGGUCUUUAUUCCUAGCGAACUCUAGGACCCUAAUUUACUUUUUUCUACGAGAAAAACUUAUAUGCACAUGAUAUAUUACAGUGACGGUAUUUAAAGACAAUCGUGAACUUUUCACAUAGAAAAUAUGUGAUUGUAUUGAGAUACCGUCGCUGUGACAUUCUAGAUUGAGUAGUGUGUUUGCUAGUGAUUUGGUUUAGUUAAUGAGAGGAGGAGACAGUGUUUGUACUUUCUCUUACUUUGCUUUGGAGGCUAUAAACUAUAAUAUAAUAAAAGAGAUCAAACAAUUUCUGAGCUUUCUUUUUUG